AUGUCCAUCUCCGGGCCAUCGUCUGCGUUUGAUAGCGAGACAUUCGGUCAGGAUGCCUCCUUCCAUCUGGACCAGCCCAUCGGAUCGAUGACUAUCUCGCCUUCCGGUCGAGAUGUCGCGCUUGCCUCAAAGGAAGGUCUUCACAUUAUUGAUCUGGACUCGCCAUACUCGCCUCCACGGCACCUCCCACAUCGGACGCCGUGGGAGGUUGCAGACGUCCAGUGGUCGCCCUUUGCUUCGCGUGACUACUGGGUGGUCAGUACUUCCAAUCAGAAAGCACUUGUCUGGAAUUUGGACGCCAAGUACUGGCAGGAUAGCGUUCAACACAUUCUUCAUGGACACCGGAGAGCCAUUACUGACAUCAACUUCUCCGCCCACAAUCCAGACGUACUUGCAACAUGUGCUGUCGAUAGUUUCGUUCACUCCUGGGACCUACGGGCACCAGGCCGUCCAGCUAUAUCUUUUUCGGACUGGUUCGCUGCAGCAACACAGGUCAAGUGGAGCCGGCAGGACGAGUACGUACUCGCCAGUUCUCACGACAAGUUUCUGCGUAUAUGGGACACUAGAAAGGGUGCCAUACCCGUACGCACAGUCGAAGCACACAGUACUCGAAUCUAUGGCUUGGAUUGGAAUCGCUUCGAGCGGAAUAAGAUUGUCACAUGCUCACUCGACCGAACUAUCAAGUUCUGGAACUGUGACAACGCUGAGGACGUGCCCGACAGAGUCAUAGAAACACCAUAUCCUGUUUGGAGAGCUAGACACACUCCUUUUGGGUGGGGGCUGAUGGCGAUGGCUCAGCGAGGUAGCAGUAGUCUGCACCUCUACGAUCGGAGACCGAUCGACGUACCCCUCGAGGAUGGUCGAGCACGGUCUGUUGCCACGUUUUCGGGUCACAACGGUCAGAUUAAGGAGUUCUUGUGGCGCGCUCGAGGCGGAUUUCAGGAUGACAUCGAUCAGCGAGAGUUUCAAUUGGUUUCGUGGGGAACAGAUAAGGAGCUUCGCCUGCAUCGUGUCACACCAGAGGAUCUCGAACGUGUCGGCUAUGAGAAAGGUGUAUCCAAAUCUCAAAACUUGAACUUCACACGUAGAGGGGCACGAUAUGUUACUUUCAGAGAUCUACCUGACGAGGCCAUAUCGCCGGCUGUCACGCCGCGGGGAGAGAGCUCAACUUCUCACAAUGCGGUGUCUGCCUUCCGCAAACGCAACAGUACCACAGUCGGAAUGAACAAGGUGGCCGUUUCUCAAAUCAAGGGCUGGAUGUCAUCACAACAAAGGUCAUCCCGCAUUGCUAUGCAUGGUAAAACGAAAGCGACAGGCGAGAUCGAUCCCAUUGCCUGGCUGAAGAAUGUCAAAAUCGCCUCCUGGGAUCCAGACGCACUGGCAGAGGAGAUACGACAUGUGGGCGAGAAGUUUCGAAGGGUGCGCUUUGAAGCAGUUGACAUAAAGCAUCGGAAAUUGGUCAUGUCUUUGCAAGCACCUUGGAGUGAUCACCAAGGCGCAGUAUAUCUUCGAGUCGACAUACGCUUUCCUCAAUCGUAUCCACGCCAUGCUCAAGCUAUAAUUACAUUGCAGAAGACGAGCGCAUUAGCCGAUGAGAUGCAUGACAACCUGUCUGCAGAACUACGGGAAAUCGCAGCCGUGCACAUGGCUCAACAGAGAGGUUGUCUCGAGGCUACGCUGCGGUAUCUGCUCCGUGAACAGUCUCUGGAGCAAGUCAUUGCCUAUGCAAGGGGUGAUUCUCUCAACGAGUCUAAAGUCUUGGGCCCAGCCGUCGGAGACGAGGACUCGAGCGACAGCGAGGAUGAUCAGAUUGCAGGACUCGGGGCGGCUGUCGCUUCUGCUGCAGACAUUCGGGUGCCAUUGGCAAAAGGGUGCGGUGCAGUCUGGUCUGAAACCGGAAAACUCGUCUGCUUCUUCCCACCGAAGCCAAAAGAGCCCGCCUCUGUCCUUACUGGGCUUUCUUCUCAUGGCUUGGCGCGUGCAGAUACCCGCCGUCUCUUCGAAGGCUUUGGCAAGCUGCACGUUGAUUCGCCCAUGCGAAGGUCUGCAGACAGAGCGAAAACGGCAGACGAGGAUUUCUCGGGCUCGGAGUCUUCUGCAAGUCUGUCAAGCUCGUCUGAGAGCUCGUCGUCGUCAUCCGCGUCCGAGGCUGAUCUACCAAUGUCUUACGCUCCGUAUCACAAACGCCUCAACAAGUUUCCUCAGCGAACCCGAUCCAUCGACUUUUCGAACAGAUCCACGACUUUAGCAGGAGCACGUCCAAUGACUACAGACGAACCAAAACAGACAAUUGUAUCGAUAAUGACCUUAGAUGACCUGAACCAAGCCAGCAGAUCUCUUGCCGAGAAAUAUAUGGUUAUGGGUCACGCUCCAGUGUUGUGUAAGCACAACGCGACCAUUGCCAAAAAUGCUGGUAGAACGGAUUUGUCGGUAGUCUGGGACCUUGCGUCCAUGAUCUUAGAGGAUGAAGUGCCAGUGGAAGCUCUCGAAUUGGCCGUAGCUGGGAACAGCAGCAUUGUCCUGGUUGCCUGCCAAGCUGUAUCCAAGCCGCACAGGAAAGACAGUGAUUUGGCAUUGAGAUCGAAACGCAACAAGAAGUACGAUCGGAAGCCAGUGCGGUGGGGCGGCAGCCCACUUGCUUCAACGUAUCUGAUACCCGCCAUGUUCGAUUACUUUGAGCGAGUUGCAGACGUCCAGAUGUUGGCAAUGCUUUCGUGCGCCUUUGCACAGCCUAAAUCUACUCCAGAGUCCGUCAGUUUACCGCCCAAAGCGCAACCAGAGUACUUUCCAAGCAAAUCGGUAGCAGAAGCCUUCUUCAUAGCAGCACGGCCAUUGGCUCAAUGGCCGACAGCAUCGGCUGAGCCACAUCCAUCCAUCGAAAGACUGGCGUCUUCUUUCGAGAACCAAGGUGACCUACGAUCCAGACGAGGCACAGCCAUGUCCUUAGAUCCCAACGCAGCGAGCUUCAGACCAGGGUCAGAGUUGCGGAGGACCUACAGCUCUACAGCUGGCGAGCUGGAACGACAUUCCAUUGAUGCUUCGCUAUCGACUUCGCCUGAAGGUGCGCGAUCAAUGCAUCGCGGCAUCAUGAGCUCAGCAGCUCAAGCCAGUUUAUCAGCGCUGACACAAUCAUUCUCCCACUCACCUCCUACACAGCCCAGCUCUGGCAGCAACGCCGCCUCCAGUCUAAAGAAGUAUAGCCCGUCUGGGUCACUGACUCCUGGCUGGAUUUCAUGGACAUCUGGUCAUGGUACGCGUGCGUCACGCGCAUCAAUGCACUAUUCCGAGUCUUCGAGUCAAGACAAAGAGGUCAGCUUGCGUUCGUCUGCCUCCAUGGCCAACAUUCGCAGUCUACGACGAGUGGACAUACCACUCCUGAAGUUGGUCGCCGCGAUGUCCGGUCGAUAG